AUGAAAAGGAAUGGAUCAAGCUCAGUUUUGCCUACUACGCAAAGCUCUGCAAGUUUUGAAAGAUCAGAAUCUCCAAGUUCUGGAAUCCCACCUAAAGCUCGAACCGCUUCUCCUGUGAAUGAUGUUAACGUAAAUAACAAGGAAAAAGAAAAGGAACUAUGGAAUCGACAAGAUGAAAACGAAUUGGAAGAAGAUGAUCGGGAUGACUUUGGAACAGCCGCUAUUUCCAACGUUACAACCAAACCGGGCGAAGCAGACGAUGAUACAAAUGAAAAAGUUAGGACAAGAUAUUUAUUGGAUAGUUUUGAUGAAGAACAGAUGCAGCGUUAUGAAGUCUUUAGAAGAGCAAAUCUCAACAAAACGAACGUCAAAAAGCUGGCCAACCAAAUCCUCAACCAGAGUGUCACCCCAAACGUUGCGAUUGUCAUAUCCGGUUUUUCCAAAGUCUUUGUAGGUGAGAUGAUUGAACUGGCCAGAAAAAUUCAGGAUCAUUGGGGAGAUAGUGGACCGCUUAGUCCUGAUCAUUUGCGGGAAGCAUAUCGCCUUUCACGACAAAACCAAAGAUUAAUUCCUAAAAGUCGUCGUUCAAACAAAAUGUUUCGAUGA